AUGAGCCGAGGACGGGGCCGCGGCCGCGUGCGCUUCGGCGGCAGCCGGGACUCGAUGCUGGCGGACAUCAUGGACGAGACGCGCGAGGACCUGGGCCUCUCGCACACGCAGAUGGAGCUGCUGCACGCGGAGACUGGCGGGGCUCUGUAUCCGCCCAUGGAGCUGCCGCAGCCUGAGGCGCUGGCCGACAAAGAGGCCUACUUGAUCCAGAGGCAGCGCAUCCUCGCGCACAAGCUCGAGAGCCUGUACCACCCGUGGGAAGCCGACCCUGCAGGCCCCGACGCCGGCCGCAACGCCACCGACCCAGCAGCCUUCGUGCACGUGACGGUGCCCGAUAUGCAGAAGGCCAAUGAGGUCUACGUGCCGGAGGAGCUGCGCGCCAAUUCGCUCAGUGGACUGCGCACGCCGGCGGCCGGCGGCGCCGCCAACCGCGGCAUCAUGCAGCCGCGUGCGUUCGAGAACGUGUUCAAGUCGCUUGAAGCUCAGGAGAAGAAAAUCGCCGCGGACAAGGCCAAGGCAGCAGAACAGGAGGCGGAUGACGGCGAUAUGGACGACGCGGAGGAGGACCUGGGCGACGACAUGAACGACUACACCUUCGACUACUACGACAGCGACGCCGUGAGCAACGACGGCGACGAGGAGGUCUUUUUCUAG